AUGGAGACCUAUUUUGGUCUGAUUAAGACGCCUCACGAUGCGCUCCUCAUCUUUGAAGCUUGUCAUCUCGGCAUCAUUUCACGAGUUCACCGCCGUUUGUCCGAUAUCGAACGUCAGUGCGUCCGCUCUGGGUCCGUCUACUGCUUCGAUGAACGCGAGGCCGGAAUGAGACGUUGGACUGAUGGCAAGAGCUGGAGCCCAAGCCGUGUCACUGGAAGUUUCCUCACCUACCGUGAACUCGAUGAUUCACAAACCCAAGCCGGAAACGGUGCCAAGAACGUCUACCGUCCCAAUGGUCUGCUUAAGCAAUCCUUCUCCAUCACCACAUCCGACAAUAAGAAACUACACCUCAUCUCCUACUACACAACCGAGGACGUCGCCUCCGAAAGACUUUUCGAGACACCCUCGCAGGACCCUCGGUUUGCGAAUAUCCUCAUCCCCAGCGGUAUCUAUCCCGAGACCUCUCCC